CCCUAACAGCUUCUACCCAAACAAGUUUUCAUUGGCAAAAUUAAAAAAAAUUAAAUACAAACUUGGACACCAGCAAACAGGCCAAUGUAUCGAAGAAAAACAAGCAAACAAUAAGGAAACACAAAUAUGUUUGGGUUUGUCAAACAUCUAUUUAAAUUCCAGUUCCUUUUCAUUUUGGCAGCUGUGUUGGCUGGCCUCUAUCACACGGAAAUAAAACAGUUUGCAAACAGGCAUGCGGCCAACUAUGUGGACAACGCUGAUGGUGAGACGGUUUCGCUUCAGUUCAAAGCUGCCAACGAAGCGAUGCUGCUUACACCGGCCGAACUUUCCAAAUACAAUGGCGAGGAUGGACAGCCCAUCUAUCUGGCAUUGCUGGGAUCCGUGUUCGAUGUUACGCGCGGCAUCAAGCACUAUGGCACCGGCUGCAGCUAUAACUUCUUUGUGGGUCGCGACGCCUCUGUGGCGUUCAUAAGCGGCGAAUUUGAGGAGUACGAUCCGCAGACUGCCGACGAUGUGCUCAGCCUCAAACCGAACGAUCUGCUUGGUUUGGCCAAUUGGAAGGAGUUCUACGAGAAGGAAUACAUCUACAAGGGGAAGCUGAUUGGACGUUUCUACGAUGAACAGGGUGAACCGACGACAUAUCACCACAAGUACUUGGCGCUCUUCGAGCAGGCUCAGAUAGCGAAGGCUGCUGUGGACGAGAUGCGCUUAAAGUAUCCCGGCUGCAACAUCGAGUGGUCGGAGGCCAAGGGAACGCGUGUGUGGUGCACCACCACGAGCGGCGAUGGCAAGGAGCGAGCCUGGACCGGCUAUCCACGAAAGCUAUACAGCCCCGGCAAUACAAAUUUCAAUUGCGCCUGUGUACCCGAAUCGGAACUAGACCAAAUAGACACCGAAGGCAAGGCGGCUCAUGGCGACGCAAUGUUCAAGGCAUACGACAACUGUGCCUCGCGGGCCAAGGAGUGUUUCUACAGGGUGUAAUAAACGUAGGCGAAAAAGGUUGAAGUGUAAAUAUUGUA